AUGUACCGGCAAGUGCUGCUGGUGCAGGACGACACGUGUUACUUGAGGAUUUUUUGGAGAGAGGAUCCGUCGCAACCGCUGCGUGUGCUGGAGCUGAAUACGGUAACGUACGGCACAGCUUCAGCCCCAUUCCAAGCCACCAGAUGUCUCAUCCAGCUCGCCGAAGACGAUUCCACGAUUUCUCCCGAAGUAGCCAGAAUCAUCAAAGAGGACUUUUAUGUGGACGAUGUGCUUUCGGGCGCAGACACCAUCGAGACAGCGGUUGAAUACUAUGAGCAGCUGAAAUCAUCUUUGGCUCGUGGAGGAUUUCCAUUGACGAAGUGGUGCUCCAACUCGGAAGUCUUUCUGCAGCAUGUCCCACCAGAAGAGCAGGAGAAGCAGCAAUCCAUUCCGGUCUACGAAGCGAACGAGUUGAUCAAGCUGUUGGGAUUAACAUGGGAUCCGAAGGCUGAUACUUUCCACAUUGCGGCCCCGUCUGCUCCAUCGUCUGUCGCUCUUCAUGCCACCAAGAGAACCAUCUACUCCGAAAUAGCAAAACUGUUCGAUCCCCUGGGACUUUUUUCUCCGGUGAUCGUUGUCGCCAAACUCCUGGUACAGCACCUGUGGAAGACGAAACAAGGAUGGGAUGAACCUGUGGAGAAGGAGAGUCAGCAGAAGUGGAACGAAGUGCAACAAGCUAUACCGCAACUAGCUCUCAUCCAAGCGCCUAGGAGGGUUACAAGUGACGACGCAGUCUUCUUCGAAUUGCACGGAUUUGCCGAUGCAUCUACCGUUGCCUACGGUGCGUGCUGUUACGUGCGCAGUGUUUUGCCGAAUGGAACCGCUAAACUUGUGUUGUUGGCCAGUAAAUCCAAGGUGGCACCGCUCCAUGAUCUGUCGAUUCCAAGGAAGGAAUUGUGCGCAGCGUUGCUUUUGACUCGUCUGUUGCAGAAGGUGAUCCCAGCCAUGCAGAUGUCCUUUCGUGAAGUUGUCCUAUGGUCCGACAGCACCAUCGUUCUGGCGUGGUUGAAGAAGCCGUUGGACCAGCUGCAGACUUUUGUGCGUAACCGUGUAGCGGAAAUUUGCAGUAACACCGAAGGUUGCCAGUGGAAAUACAUCAGCUCGAAGAACAACCCCGCAGAUAUCGUCUCCAGAGGGCAGUUACCUGAAGCUCUUAGCCAGAACCGUUUGUGGCAGCAUGGUCCAGAAUUUCUUGCUUGUUCCAACUACGAAAUGGAUGUUGCAGACAGUGUUCCACCAGAACCGUUGCCAGAAAUGAAGAUCGUCGUAGCAGCAGUAACCAAAAUUGAUACUUCUCGGUUCGAAUUCUUGCAUCAGCACAGCAGUUUCCGUAAGGUUCAGCGAAUCAUGGCGUAUGUCCGAAGGUUCUUCGAUAACUGUCGGAAGAAAGAUCCAAGUCAGCGAGUGAAGAAUGUAUACCUGACCGUCAGCGAGUUACGACGAGCAAGCGAGGACAUCUUCAGGGUAGUCCAGCAUACUCACCUGAGCGACGAAAUCAAGCUUGCUGCGGCUGGUGCGUCAAGCAAGCGAAUUGGAAACCUCCGUCUAGUCGUCAUUGAUGGAUUACUUCGUGUCGGAGGGCGUUUGGAUAAGUCGGCGUUGCCUUUCGAAGCCAAGCACCCCAUCAUACUACCUGAUAAGGAUCCACUGGUUAAAAUGUUGAUUCGCACCAUGCACGAGGAACUCGUGCACGUAGGGCAGACCGGACUGAUCAAUGCCAUCCGGCAGAGAUACUGGCUGCUGAAUUCCCGUUCUACCGUCAGGCAGGUCACACGCGGAUGUGUCAAGUGUUUCCGCACCAAUCCCGUCGGAACCACACAGCUUAUGGGAUCCUUGCCAUCAUCGAGAGUAAAUCCAUCGCCGCCAUUCGCUGUAACAGGCGUAGAUUAUGCAGGUCCAAUCUGGGUCAAACAGGGAACGUACCGUCCGAAGUUGGUGAAGGCCUAUGUAGCAGUGUACGUUUGCAUGGCUACCAAAGCCAUCCAUUUGGAAGCGGUCAGCGACUUGAGCACCAGUGCAUUCCUGGCAUCGUUGAAGAGGUUUGUGAGCCGCCGAGGCCUGGUUCAGCGGCUUUACUCCGAUAAUGCCACAAACUUCAAAGGUGCGCACCAUGAACUGAAUGAGCUCUUCAAGCAGUUCCAAAAUCAGCAUACGGUUGAGGAGAUCCAGCAAUUUUGCCAAAUGCGUGAGAUGGAAUGGCACUUCAUCCCGCCGGACGCUCCCGAGUUCGGGGGACUUUGGGAGUCCUCCGUGAAGUCGGCCAAAACACACUUGAAAAGGAUUGUCGGCAACUCCAAAUUGACAUUCGAAGAGCUCGCGACCGUUUUGACCGAAAUAGAAGCGGUACUAAACUCACGCCCUCUAUUUGCCAUCUCGAAUGAUCCAGCUGAUCCGAAGGUAAUUACUCCAGCUCACUACUUGAUUGGACGUCCGCUAGUUGCCCCAGCCGAACCGUCAUUGGAAGACAUCAAGACCAGCCGUUUGGACCGCUGGCAGCACCUGCAAGUAAUGAGAGACCAUUUCUGGAGAGCCUGGAGUCGCGAUUACCUCAACACUUUGCUGCCCCGCAAGAAGAACUUGAAAACCGUACCGAACAUCGAAGUGGGAACGAUUGUCCUGCUUCACGAGAAAACGCAACCGCCUCUCAACUGGAAGUUGGGCCGGAUUUCAGCAGUGUUUCCAGGAGAUGACGGCUUGGUGAGGGUGGUCGAUGUUUUCUCCAACGGGUCCACGUUUCGUCGUCCCAUCACGAAGGUUUCGAUCUUGCCCAUCGAGAGCAACCGUCCAGAACCAGAGCUUGAAGACUAA